AUGGCGCGGUCGAAUUUGUUUGGCGAAUUGCCAUCGAAUGCCGCGUCAAACAUCGAAGUAUAUAACUUACAUAUUCCUGCUUCGGAAAUCAAGAAUAUGCAGGAUCUUCUAAGGCUCAGUCCUGUAGCAAGCCCUGUCUACGAGAAUUCCCUUCCAGAUGGCGACCGUCACUUGGGUCUCCGCCGAGACUGGCUAGCCGAAGCUAAGCGAACUUCUAACAUUUGCUUCAGGAGGGAGACAGAAAACCACGUCAAUUCUUUUCCCAAUUUCCGAGUACCCAUCGAUGACGAGCUCGGGAGGUUCAACAUUCAUUUCGUAGCAAUUUUCUCAAGUCGACCCGACGCAGUUCCCGUCAUUCUGCUUCACGGAUGGCCCGGCUCUUUCCUCGAGUUUCUACCUAUGCUCGAACUAUUCAGGCAGAAAUAUACGCCUGAAACUCUUCCAUACCACCUCGUGGUUCCAAGUCUACCAGGGUUUACGCUCUCGAGCAUUCCACCUGUCAGCCAUGACAUCAGCCAGGUGGAUGUGGCGAGAAUCAUGGACAAUUUGAUGAAACGAAUAGGCUUUGGAGAGGCAUACAUCGCGCAAGGUGGCGAUGUAGGUUCUAGGGUGGCUAGAGCCUUGGCCGUUAACCACGAUGCGUGCAAAGUUAAUUUCUGCGCGAUCGGUCGACCCGCGUCAGCAGUGAACGACUCGGCGCUAUCCGAGAUCGAACAAGACGGACUCAAGCGUUGGGAAGCCUGGAAAGCAACUGGAUCUGCAUAUGCCCUUGAGCACGCUACAAAGCCCAGCACUGUUGGCUUCGUCUUGAGUAGUAACCCUUUGGCACUGCUGUCAUGGGUUGGUGAAAAGUUUUUGGAUUGGACAGAUGCUCCUCUCCCCUUACACACUAUCCUCGAAGCAAGCAGUCUUUACUGGCUAAGCAAAUGUGCGCACAGUAGCUUGUGGUCAUACCGUCACUCAUACGGGCCCCAACCUAUGCCACACGACGAUCCAGAAUAUCACAUCAGGGUCGCAUUUGGCUAUUCUUACUAUCCGAAGGAGCUCAUUCCCAUUCCGAUAGAGUGGGUAGCGACAACAGGGAAUUUGGUGUGGAGCAAAAUUCACGAUCGAGGCGGACAUUUCGCAGCCUUGGAACAGCCAAAUGAAUUCAUGGACGACCUGGAAGCGUUUGUUAGCGACGUUUGGGGUCUUUAUACAUAA